AUGUUUCCAUGGGCUGGCAAAGCCAAAGAUGGCAAAAGACCGAACUGGUUUGAACGGCUCAGGGGCAGCUCACAAUCCAAACUGCAGCACCAGCAAGAGCAGCCCGCGCCCCUCAAAUCACGACCAGACAUUUCUGAUAUUACAGGCAUAAGUCUAGAGGAAAUAUGCAAAGUGUGCUACAACCUCGACCCAAGCCAGGCUCCAAGAAGUGGACCGCCAAUCAAAAAUGGCCCUUCGUUGUUUUCGUGGGCUGCUCGGGAGUACAAUUUACCUGCAGAAUCGUCAGUUGCUAAAGUAACUAUAGAUAAGUCGCAUAUUUUACUCGACUCUGCCUGGGGCUGCUUUUUCUGCGCCAUAAUUUCUACGGCCCUCUCGAUGGCGCAGCCUGGAUGGGAGGCCGAAGACACAGUCAUUCGCAUCAAUCUAGCGCCAAACGUGCCUGUGACUGUGCAAUUGCAGUAUGGCCAUUAUGGCACUUCCAGUGGUGAUACCAUGGGAUUUGAGGUCCCUAUGCACUUCGAAUAUAUUAUCCAGCCUGGGACGCCAAAGCCAACAACAGAGAUAGAAAUAUACCGACCUCGUCUGUGUGGUAGUAGUGGUAAAGCUCCUGACAGAGGGGAGCUCAUUUCUGGCCUUCUAGAGCCUAUGGGCUUCGGUGAAGAGAUAGCAUCCCAUGCUGGUGAUGAUACCUGCGUUAAGUUCAUAAAAGAGCACGUAGAAAACUGCAUCAGAGAGCAUAAUUGCGGAGGGAAUGGCGGACAUUCGGCAUUGCCAUUGCUCCCUGAUCGCAUCAUCUGGAUCCAAGGAGGAAACAUAAGGAACAUUCGGCUUGUUGAGCCAAAGAAUACCCGUGCUAAUUACCUUGCUCUAAGCUACUGCUGGGGCUCGGUAACCGCAGAUACAUACCUCACGGACCAGUUUACAGUACGCUCGAGGAAGACUGCUAUAGACUAUAAUGCUCUGCCGCCUCUACUCCAAGAUGUGGUUCGAAUUGCCUGUCUCCUUGGUAUUGAGUAUAUUUGGGUAGAUCGAUUGUGUAUUAUCCAAGGCGACAACAGCGACUUCAAGAAGCAGGCUCCCAAGAUGGGUGAUAUAUACGGCAAUGCUACCUUAACAAUUGCUGCGGCCUCUGCCAGCUCUGAGAACGACCGUAUACUGGUUGAACGGGAUGCUAAAUGGAAAUCUUCUGGCAUAAGCCUUACCCUGGAAGGACUCGGCACUUUGAACUUGAAAAUCCGGCGACGAUCACAUAAAUUAGGUACAGAGGAUCAGGGUGGUGAUUAUGGAAGGGUGUCUACGCGGGCUUGGAUCUGGCAGGAGAGACUCCUAUCUGCGCGAACCGUGUUUUUUACCUCCCAUGCCCUAAAGUUUGAGUGUCACUGCCACUCUAUCUGGGAAGGCUUUGAUCAAGGUAUAUCCGGUAAUUCUUGGUCCAGCAACCUAGAGAAGGUAUCCAUUGAUUCGUGGCUGGAACUAGUGGAUGAAUUCAUGCGUAGGGACAUAACAUACGCUUCUGAUCGGCUCCCAGCUAUCGCAGCGGUUAUGAAUCGCAUUGAGAAGCGCAAAGGCUGGACGGCUUUUUGGGGUUUAUGGAAACACGCCAUUGUCGAAAGCCUGGGUUGGAAGGUAGAUGAUUGUGGUAUAGAGGGAAGGCAUCUUUGUGAAGUGAACCCGAGCACCUACGCGCCAAGUUGGAGUUGGCUUAGCAUAAAUGGCCCUAUAUCCCACGGCAACCUCUCGGUCUCUAAUAAAGUUUCUCAGGAGGUAUUAAAACCUUGGGUAUAUGAGCUAGAAUGCCACGGGCUUAACGAUGCAACGGGAUCAAUCACAGUUGAUGGCCGUUUUGUUACCGGCUGGGUCGAAGCUACGGUAAAGAUAGAUAAGAAGGACAAAAGCACACCGGCUGAACCCGACAGAUUCAGCUAUCAAUAUAGAGCGGUGUUCACUGCUGACUAUGUCGAAACCGUAGUAAAUGCAGAUGUGGCACUUAUGCCUCGGGGAGACGAGCCUUGGGGCAUGUGCAGGCCAGCUGUGCGUGUACCGGUCGGAGAAGUGCCUCCAACGCGAUCUUGGACCCGCUACUGCAUUUACCUUGUGGUUGCCACGAGAGAACCAUUCGCUAUCGCACUGCUCCUGGGGCCCUCCUUACGGAGUUCUAAGCUGUACGAGCGGAUCGGGAUAGCUUAUGCCGUUAGAUGUAAUAUGUUUGAAGGAGCCAAAAAGGGCCGCUUUGAAAUCAUCUAG